AUGAAUUCGAUACGGAGAAGAAGUGCCACGACUAAGACGGCAGAAACGUGGGUGUGCUGGGACAUGGACACCUGUCCGGUUCCGGAUGGUCACGAUGCUCGUCUGGUCGGUCCGAGUAUAGAAUCGGCGUUAAAUAAGGAAGGCUACACUGGUCCUCUCACCAUCACUGCCUUUGGCAACCUAAAACCCAUCUUAAGAAAAACCCCUGUUGUUCAUCGGAAUCUCUCUAACUCUGGAAUCCAUCUUAAUCACGUCCGCGGUUUCGCUGAGAUUUUUGACAAGUUUUUGACGUGGACGCUGCAUAAUCAACCUCCGGCUAAUAUACUGUUCAUAACCGGUAGAGAGCUUGCGCAAGUUUAUUCUGAAUGGUUUUCAACCCUAGAACGUCAGGGAUACACCAUUCUUCACGCUAAACCUCGGGGAUCUCCUCAAGCUAAUGAAAAGAGCUAUCUCUGGGAACACUUACUGUUGGGUGAUUGUCCUCUCUAUGAAAAGAGCAAAACGAAUCGUUUACGGCCUCGAGCAACUUAUUUUUGCACGACAUGUGAUACAUGUCCUGGCCAAAGGUUUGUAGACUUCGCCGAGCAUCUCAAAGAGCGUCCCCACUUAGAGCGUGUAAGCAUCAUCACCUCUUAA